AGCUUUUGCUGGCAGGAAGUGCCUGUUUCGCUCUGUGCAAGCAGCUUCUUCCCCCUUCACCAUGGCAGUCUGGACACGAGCCUCCAAGUCUGGGCUCCUGGACCUUCUGCUGCAGGACCACUGGGUGCGCGUCCAGGCUGACCUGACUGGAGAAAGUUUGAGCCUGACCUCAGAGACUGAACCCUACGGAAGUCUAAACGGUCUCAGCAAUGGUACCGAUUUGGUCCAUGGCAGCCCCCGAAGGGGCCCCGCUUCUCCUGGACGCCCCGGAGCCAACUCUCCCCGGGCAGGUUCAGAUUGCGGAUCAGAAUCUGGUCUCGGCAGCCCCGGAGCUCGCUGCCCUUUGGAUAGUCCAUUGGUCGACAUGCCAACGCGGAGAGUUCGGGUGGUGAAGCAGGAAUCUGGAGGGCUGGGGAUCAGUAUUAAGGGAGGGCAAGAAAAUAAGAUGCCGAUUCUUAUCUCAAAGAUCUUCCCAGGACUGGCAGCAGAUCAGAGUGGGGCAUUAAGGGUCGGAGAUGCCAUCCUGUCUGUGAACGGGUCUGAUUUACGGAACGCAACGCACGAUCAAGCUGUACAAGUGCUCAAAAAAGCCGGCAAGGAGGUGACAUUAGAAGGUAAGUGAGUGGGGCAGCCAGUGGCAUAUUAUUAUUAUUAUUGCCUUUUAUAUAGCACCAACAGAUUCCGUAGCGCUUAUUAUGAGAGGGGGAAUUUAACUAUAAAUAGGACAAUUACAAGAAAACUUACAGGAACUGUAGGCUGAAGAGGACCCUGCUCAAACAAGCUUACAGUCUAUAGAUCUGAGCCCGAAUCCCUGGGUAACCUACCACUCUACAAGAGUCUCAAUCACUACAGAACCAAUUACCACAAAGACUAGAUUUUCUUAGCCAAGAAUCCCACACAUCAGCCACUUGUUUAAGGAUGAACUCGAUGGAGAUUAUUAUGUAGCUAUGUAAGUACUCCUAGUGGCCACCAAGUACCGUGCCACUCUGAAAUGAAGCUGGCCCCUUGCUCCUUCCCAUGUACCCCAUGGAGCAGGGGUGGUGACCAGGAGCAGUGUAGAGGAUGCAAUCGGGUGAAACGUUGUCGGGGUUAUUCCUUAAAUUGUACUACGUAGCAAACUGAAAUCCAAAUGGCAACAAUUAAACAAAAAUAAGCUGAACUGGGACAUUUUAAAGUUCAGGAAUAGUUACGCCAUCAGGAUCUUACUACCAAUCAGAGUUUAGUGAAAAGUCAGUUAAUGUAACAUUUUAUGCAAUGGCCCCAACUCAUCCGCCACCGCCUUAUCUGUCCCCGAUUAUCGUUUGCGGUUACAGAGGGAACAGUUUAUAUAUUACACUUUCGUUUAGUUCCCCAUAUGCCACGAGUUCCCCAUCUCUGCUCGGGGCUGGACAGUAACUGUUCUAAGCAGACGGGUGGUGUGGUUAUUGGUGUGACAGGUUAAAGCUCUCACUGGAAGGGAAUCUGCCACAAUCCAUCUCCUCUUACAACAGAGGGUGGAAAUCCUAUUAACAGACAUUUUGGGAAUUUCUUUAACUCUAUCCCUGCUGAGCGGUGUCUAAUCUCCGCAGCGAGGUGCUUGUUCACACGGCAGAGGGAUUUGCUGAGUCUGCAUGUGACACUAAUCGGGUUCCCUUGGCAUUUGUUACAAUCACCUUCCCCCACACAAGUGAUCCUGUAAAGUUUCGCUGGUAGAGAGGCUCAUCCCUACCCUCCUAAUCCAUGUGUCUGGGACUUCAGGAAUGAUCCUGCCUCUGGCAUUAGACUCUCCUGUAAGGAGAUCAUUAGUGACACAGAAAGCAAUAACUUCUUAAUUAAAGGAUGCAGUAAGCGCAGUCUGUUAUAUAGGAUGUUAGGGCAAAUUAGUAGUUUAAACAGACUAAAAUUUACUCACGUCCAUAAAGUUUAUUCUUUCUUGAUUUCAAAGUGGGAACUAAAAUGUUCCAAGUUAUUAAAAAAGUCCCAGUGUAAUGGGCUAAAAGGGCGCAACAUUCCAUUGGUUUCCAUGGUGAUUGUAUCAGCUGUAGAUCAAUCAGCAGGAACAUUCCAUUGGUUUCCAUGGUGAUUGUAUCAGCUGUAGAGCAAUCAGCAGGAACAUUCCAUUGGUUUCCAUGGUGAUUGUAUCAGCUGUAGAUCAAUCAGCAGGAACAUUCCAUUGGUUUCCAUGGUGAUUGUUUCAGCUGUAGAUCAAUCAGCAGGAACAUUUCAUUGGUUUCCAUGGUGAUUGUUUCAGCUGUAGAUCAAUCAGCAGGAACAUUCCAUUGGUUUCCAUGGUGAUGGUUUCAGCUGUAGAGCAAUCAGCAGGGACAUUCCAUUGGUUUCCAUGGUGAUUGUAUCAGCUGUAGAUCAAUCAGCAGGAACAUUCCAUUGGUUUCCAUGGUGAUUGUUUCAGCUGUAGAUCAAUCAGCAGGAACAUUUCAUUGGUUUCCAUGGUGAUUGUAUCAGCUGUAGAUCAAUCAGCAGGAACAUUCCAUUGGUUUCCAUGGUGAUUGCUCCCCAAAGUUGCUUUUUAGUUUGAGGGAAAAACUAAUCACUUUUUAUUGCUAUUGUUAUUGCUAUAUCGUAUACCACUAUUGUAGAUUAAAGUGCAGCAUGGGCUUCAGUUCACUACAAUUAAGUUUUUUUUAAAGUAUAAACACCAAUUAUAUUGAAAAAAGUAGUUUCUACAGAUAACAUUUGUGCAAUCGUUUUCCAGUCAAAAUGCACUUUUAACAACUGAAUGCAUGUUUCUAUAUCGCUGUUACUGCUCCCACUGGAAGGUUAUUCCAGGUAUCUACUACCCUUUCUAUAUCUGUUACUGCUCCCACUGGAAGGUUAUUCCAGGUAUCUACUACCCUUUCUAUAUCCCUGUUACUGCUCCCACUGGAAGGCUAUUCCAGGUAUCUACUACCCUUUCUAUAUCUGUUACUGCUCCCACUGGAAGGCUAUUCCAGGUAUCUACUACCCUUUCUAUAUCACUGUUACUGCUCCCACUGGAAGGCUAUUCCAGGUAUCUACUACCCUUUCUAUAUCACUGUUACUGCUCCCACUGGAAGGCUAUUCUAGGUAUCUACUACCCUUUCUAUCGCUGUUAACUGGAAAGCUAUUCCAGGUAUCUACUACCCUUUCUACUAUCCCACUGGAAGGCUACUCCAGGUAUCUACUACCCUUUCUAUAUCACUGUUACUGCUCUCACUGGAAGGUUAUUCCAGGUAUCUGCCACCCUUUCUAUAUCACUGUUACUGCUCUCACUGGGAGGUUAUUCCAGGUAUCUACUACCCUUUCUAUAUCACUGUUACUGCUCCCACUGGAAGGCUAUUCCAGGUAUCUACUACCCUUUCUAUAUCCCUGUUACUGCUCCCACUGGAAGGCUAUUCCAGGUAUCUACUACCCUUUCUAUUUCACUGUUACUGCUCCCACUGGAAGGCUAUUCCAGGUAUCUACUACCCUUUCUUUAUCACUGUUAGCCUUUUUUACAAUAGUUGAAAACUGCAGGAUGUGAAGAGUAAAUCGACCUGUGUGUCUACCUGAUUGACAAGCACUGGUGUUGUGUAUUCAGCCAAACGUUUCUUGAAAACCGCAAUGAUUUACACAGUCUGAAUAGAGGGACUGGGAAUUAAGAAGUAGUGUCCCUUUAAAAAAAAAAUAAUAACCUUUAUCUGUAUCAUUUAAACCAUUCAAAUCCUACAGCACACUUGGCUCCAGGCGAGAAUUCCUGUGUGUUAUCCCAAUAACAGUGACAGAGCUGGGUUUAGAGAAGGGUUAAUUUGGCAGCUCCAAUCCCAGCUGGAAGCAGUCAGGGAGACGCACAAUCCCCAGGCCUUGGGUGUGUGUAUCUCAGCAAUGUGUGCUGGCCCGCACUCUGGAAUGACGGGGCUCAUUCACUAAACAGCGUACUGGGCUGACCUGAAAAAUCUAUAGAAACGUUGUGUUCAAAGUCGCUGAUUUGGAUAAAAAUUCAACGACCGCGCUAUAGUAAUUCAGUCUUCAAUUCAUCACAAUUUAUCGUGUAUUUAAUGCAUUAACGAUGGUUUUAUUUCACAAAAAAACAGCCAAAUAAGUGAGCUCACACCUCCAGCUUUUUACACCCAUUUUUCACAUUUAUUGGGAUAAAUCACCAGGUCCCAUGAUGCUGUGCCUGCCUUAUCCUAGUUUAGACCUGUGGAGAUGUGCAAUAAAUGACAGAGAGGAAGAGUACAGAGUGGAGUGAGGAAUUCAACCCCUAUCCUCCUCAGACAAUGGAUACCAGUGUUUGAAGACGCAGACUUAUAUAUCUCUGUUAGCCUUUACUGCUCCCACUGGAAGGCCAUUCCAGGUAUCUACUGCCCUUUCUAUAUCACUGUUACUGCUCCCACUGGAAGGCCAUUCCAGGUAUCUACUACCCUUUCUAUAUCGCUGUUACUGCUCCCACUGGAAGGCUAUUCCAGGUAUCUACUGCCCUUUCUAUAUCGCUGUUACUGCUCCCACUGGAAGGCUAUUCCAGGUAUCUACUACCCUUUCUAUAUCAAUGUUAGCCUUUUUUACAAUAGUUGAAAACUGCAGCAUGUGAAGAGUAAAUCGACCUCUGUGUCUAUGUGAUUGACCAGCACUGGUGGAGUAAUAGGUGUGAUCUUUGAGUCUGAGAAUAGAGAGGGAUCAGUACAAGGGGAUGCACAGGUUGUAGUAUUAAUAAGAGAGGCGAGGUAUAGUAUUAACGAGGGAGGCGAGGUAUAGUAUUAACGAGAGAGGCGAGGUAUAGUAUUAACGAGAGAGGCGAGGUAUAGCAUUAACGAGGGAGGCGGGGUAUAGCAUUAACGAGGGAGGCAGGGUAUAGUAUUAACGAGAGAGGCGGGGUAUAGCAUUAACGAGAGUGGAGGGGUAUAGCAUUAACGAGGGAGGCGAGGUAUAGCAUUAAUGAGGGAGGCGGGGUAUAGCAUUAACGAGGGAGGCAGGGUAUAGCAUUAACGAGAGAGGCGGGGUAUAGCAUUAACGAGGGAGGCGGGGUAUAGUAUUAACGAGAGAGGCGGGGUAUAGCAUUAACGAGAGUGGAGGGGUAUAGCAUUAACGAGAGAGGCGAGGUAUAGUAUUAACGAGGGAGGCGGGGUAUAGUAUUAACGAGAGAGGCGAGGUAUAGUAUUAACGAGGGAGGCGGGGUAUAGUAUUAACGAGAGAGGCGAGUUAUAGUAUUAACGAGGGAGGCGGGGUAUAGCAUUAACGAGAGAGGCGGGGUAUAGUAUUAACGAGGGAGGCGGGGUAUAGUAUUAACAAGAGAGGCGGGGUAUAGUAUUAACGAGGGAGGCGGGGUAUAGUAUUAACGAGAGUGGAGGGGUAUAGCAUUAAUGAGGGAGGCGGGGUAUAGCAUUAACGAGGGAGGCGGGGUAUAGUAUUAACGAGAGAGGCGGGGUAUAGUAUUAACAAGAGAGGCGGGGUAUAGUAUUAACGAGAGAGGCGGGGUAUAGUAUUAACGAGAGAGGCGGGGUAUAGUAUUAACGAGAGAGGCGGGGUAUAGUAUUAACGAGAGAGGCGAGGUAUAGUAUUAACGAGAGAGGUGGGGUAUAGUAUUAACGAGGGAGGCGGGGUAUAGCAUUAACGAGGGAGGCGGGGUAUAGUAUUAACGAGAGAGGCGGGGUAUAGUAUUAACAAGAGAGGCGAGGUAUAGUAUUAACGAGAGAGGCGGGGUAUAGUAUUAACGAGAGAGGUGGGGUAUAGUAUUAACGAGAGAGGCGGGGUAUAGUAUUAACGAGAGAGGCGAGGUAUAGUAUUAACGAGAGAGGUGGGGUAUAGUAUUAACGAGAGAGGCGAGGUAUAGUAUUAACGAGAGAGGCGAGGCAUAGUACUAAUGACAAUGAUAUAGUAGAUAAUUGAAUAAUGCUUUCCUAUUUGGAGGUCUAAUGCGUGUGCGGAGCCUGACCCAGCGCCGAGGGACAUCGGCUUUUAACCCCGUUAGCGACAUGGGAUGGGGGGCAGGAGGAAGGGAGGCACUCCAGGAUACUCCAGUGCCAGGAAAAUGGCUUUGUUUUCCUGGCACUGGAGAAUCCCUUUAAGCCAGUGUUCUAACCAAGAACACGAUUUUCCAUAUGAACCAACUGAUUUCCGUUUUACUAUUAAUUAUUUGUUGCAAGUGUAUCAGAUGCCUUAACAAACUCCAAGUAUUAAUGAGAGUGGGGAGCAGUAUCAGAAUUCCGAGACACUGCCCGCCGUGCUAGUUUUGUUACAGCAUCGUCUUCUCACAGCUCUCCCGGGGAGCCAGUGACAUGGACGGUGGCCGUUCCCAGUUUUCUGUCUCUGAGUAUCAGAAAAUGUGUCUGUUUAAGGCUGUUAUCCUUGGCUGCCAGCGAGCACGUCCAUAUUUUUGGAGUCUACAUACUAAAUGAAACGAGCUCUGCUCCCACUUGGCAAUUAAACCUAAAACUCUAUAAACAUCACAAAAAACCUCCAUUUAGGGGCAGUGGAAAGAGUAGUUCAGCUUGUUAUCGUGGUUCUAGGGCACACAUUACUGCAACGCUAACGUGGCCUGACCUUUCUGGAAAUUUCAAGUGUCGCUGGGCGUAAACGCCAACCAAAAACCAUUUUCCUGAUGUCACUGGUCGGAGAUUUGGCUGAAUCUGUGCCAUUUCCUCACAGCUGCACCUCACAAAUCUGUCACCAACUAAAAACAGUCCAAGAGGCCUCGUCUGUCUCCUCGCUCCUUCCAUACCAGAACCCAACUUCUCCCUUUCUCUAAAUUUCUCAGUUCUUCUCUCCUCCAUAUAUGGAUAACAUGUCCAAAUAGAUGUUAUCUUCAGACAGAAUGGAAUUUCUGGUUGGUUGGAAGAGAGGUGGGGACAGGUUAUGUAAAGAGGGGGCUAGAAAACAAUUAAUAUGAUAUAACGCCUACAGAUUCUGCAGCGCUGUACAAUAACUAAACAAGACAAACACUGAAUUCUAACAAAACACAGUAGGUGUAGAGUUUAAAUCUAAAAGAGCCAAUAGAUACAAGUAAAAAAAUGUGUAACGACUAAUGCAGCGUGUCCCUUAGAGGGUUAAAAUCAUAUUGAAAUGUUCUCCCUGUGUUAUUCUGGGAACGUUUUUGGUACAGUGUGAAAUGCAUCCCUUACUGAUUGAAAGAAAAUAACAAACAGAAUCCAUAAGGCAAACAUUUCUUUUAUUGGCUUCGACAUUUGUGACCAUGUUGGCAGUGAAACAGUUAAAACAUAAUAAUCUUUAUAACUAUUACACACGGUGGUUUAUACAGAAAGAAAAUAUCUCUAUUCCAUGCAAUCUACAGGACGGGAGGCUUUCAAAACGUCUGUUUUUAUUAACUUUUUCGGGGCUGGGAUGCUUUUGAAUAAUAUGUCACUUUAUAUAUGUUGUUUGCAGUGCGCUUUCUGCAAGAUGUCUCUCCGUACAUCAGGAAGGCAUCGCUGGUUGGGGACCUGCCGUGGGACAGCCCUGCACACAGCGAUAACUCAGGGUCUCCAAAGCACAUAUCCAGAGACUGCAAGGUCAUCCCCUUAAAAAUGUGCUACGCAGCGCGCAACCUCAGCAUGUCAGACCCCGAAGGCAGGUGAGUGGACACAGUGUGAGCCAGAUCUAGGCUUAUAUCCAAUUCUCGUUCCCACCAUGCGUGUCUGUCUUUCAGGUUGGUAGAACUUCGCUCUCCAGACGGGGCGCACUCCAUCGUGCUCCGGUGCAGAGAUUCAGCCUCAGCACUGUCCUGGUCUCAGGCUCUGCACAGUAACAUCACCGCUCUGCUGCCUCAGGUCCUUGCGGAGACCCAGCGCAUGUUGGGAGCUACGAGUGAGGAUCUCAGAUACCUGGGCUGGGUUGCUGAACAGGUGAUGUAUUGUUGGGCUUUGCUCCCUCCAGCCUUUUGCGUUCUUGUCAGUGUAAACUGGGAGUUAUUUUAAGUGAGUUUCUGUCCCAAUACGUGGCCCUGCAAUUCUGGUCCUUACAAUCUGAAACUACAAAUCCCAAGAUCCUGCUGUUGCCUGACCUGCAUUGAAUGUUUUUUCCUAGUGAAUUCCCGUGUCAUCUUCUAGCCCACUAUUCAUCUGUCUAUUCUCUUGAUAAUUGUCCUAUAUGGGACAUUUUAGUGUCUAGUCACUAAAUGCUGAAUUUGUUUUUAUAAAUUUGAUUUCAUUCAACAUAAUUCUCGUACAUUUGGAAGCUAAAAUCCCUGUGUGGUUCACGCAAUGCACUAACAACCAAAUGCUAACCGAAUCAACUCAGAUCAUCGGCCAAAUGGAUCCCUGUUAAAUUCAACUGGAUAAUAUUGUUACAUCGCUAAACACUGGAUUUUGUGAAUUGAUUUAAAAUAACUAAAUUCGAUCUAAAAUAUCAAUGCUUGAAAAUAUAGCCGAGCUGGGGAGAGAAAAAGGCUGCCAAUGUAUCGGUUUGGGGGGGAUUUAGGUUUGGGGUAUCCGUAUAGGUUUAAGGGAGGGUUUGGGUAGCAUUAGAGAGACGUAGAAUGGCUUAGAAGGUUGGAAGUUCCUCUCCUGGUCUGGGGAUUGUUAGGGUUCUGCACUAGAAUGGGAAUUCAAGAGAGCAAAACUGGAAAAAUUAUCUGGCAAUGCUAUCAGUUCGACUACUCUGGCCUUAGAUUCAAAAUUCACUUUGGUAAAUAACCCUCUUAAUCGGGAGAAUUGAAACAACCAAAUGAAGGCAGUUUGUUUACGGUUCGGCUGUUUGUUAUAAACCAAGUCACUCGUUUCAUAUGGAGAUUUAUUUGUACAGAGUUCAACAAAAAACUGAACUGCAGCCAAAUUAAAAUGCAAAUAUCGGCUAAAAUAACCAAAUAUGCCUUUGGCGAAUAACAAAAUGGGUUGAAAUUAGGCAUUUAGUAAAUAGUCCCAUAUAUAUAGAUAUAUAGGGGGAUAGGGGGGACAUUCUGAGUCUGAGGUUAGAACAUAAUCCACAGUGUCCUGGAUAAACGAUCAAUAAACAAACCGCAAUAUGAAUAAACCCCCCUGUCUCUCUAGACGUGAUAGAGCUGCCCUGCAAUUCUUCAGCUGCAGGCAGGGGAGCUGUUAUUUCCCAACUCCAUCAGUAGCCAUUCCUGGGUUAUUGGUUGCCGCCUGCAGGGUGAUACAAUACAGCAGCAAUGUGAGCAUGUGUGAUACGUAGUGUCUGUUUCUAUCAGACAGAUUCUCUCUAAAUGCACACAGACUCUCAGUAUGCCCUACUGUGCUCGGCCUGUCUCCUUGUUUCCCUAAUUAUUGUCUGACUGUCAGUUGGUUCAGUGUUUGUCUUUUUUUCCUGCUUUACAAUACCCUUCCUUCAACUAUAUUUAAUUGGUCUCUUUACCCUGAGGUUGCAUUUUCUUUACCCUGAGUUUGCGGUCUCUUUACCCUGAGUUUGCGGUCUCUUUGCCCUGAGCUGGCAGACUCUUUACCCUGAGCUGGCGGACUCUUUACCCUGAGCUGGCAGACUCUUUACCCUGAGCUGGCGGUCUCUUUACCCUAAGCUGGCAGACUCUUUACCCUGAGCUGGCGGACUCUUUACCCUAAGCUGGCAGACUCUUUACCCUGAGCUGGCGGACUCUUUACCCUAAGCUGGCAGACUCUUUACCCUGAGCUGGCAGACUCUUUGCCCUGAGUUUGCGGUCUCUUUACUCUGAGCUGGCAGACUCUUUACCCUGAGCUGGCGGACUCUUUACCCUAAGCUGGCAGACUCUUUACCCUGAGCUGGCAGUCUCUUUGCCCUGAGUUUGCGGUCUCUUUGCCCUGAGUUUGCGGUCUCUUUACCCUGAGCUGGCAGACUCUUUACCCUGAGUUUGCUGUCUGUCCCCAUUCAGUUGUGUUUACUGUUGCCUCCUGUAACUGUGCUGCCUGCGUCUGUACUUACUUACUGUCUGUAAUUUCCAGCUGUGUUUGCUGUCUGCCUCCCUAACCUGUGUUUGCUUUCUCCCCCUGUAACCCAGACUCUCUCUCUCUCUCUUUCAGUAAGCUGCGCUCUCUGUUUAUCAGUGUCCUGUGCUCUCUCGCAGUAUGCUGGCACUCUCUAUUGCUGUAAGCGGCAUACUUUGUUCUCCCCCUCUGCAUAAGAUGCUCUCUUAUCUCAUGAGAUGAUCUUAGCUGUCUCAGUAAGUGGUGAUUGUGCUGUGUAGACUGCACUACGAGUACUUUCUCUCCAUCAGUACAUAUCCCAGUCUUUGUAUUAAUCCACAAUCCACGCAGUGCCUUCACAAAUACCAAUAUUCAUCUCAUGUACAGGUAUCUCAGGAAGACGGACGCUCCAGUUGGCACCCAGUGCUCACUGCGGUUUCUCAGAAGGACUUUCUGCUAUUUGAAGCAAUGCCACGGACAAGAGGGGAAUGGGAGAGUCCAAAAAAGCGACUGCCUCUAAUAUCUACCAGGUACAAACCAUACGCGCACAUUUUAAAAUCACAACCUCUAUGGUUUCUCAGUUCAGAGUGUUUGGUGUCGCUCAAACUAGAAUUGAUACCAAUAGAAGCAGUGCCAAACUGCAGACCAGUACCUCUAGGAUUUAUACCAAUAGUAGCAGUGCCAAAUGGCAGACCAGAACUUCUAGAAUUGAUACCAAUAGAAGCAGUGCCAAACUGCAGACCAGAACUUCUAGAAUUGAUACCAAUAGAAGCAGUGCCAAACUGCAGACCAGUACCUCUAGGAUUUAUACCAAUAGUAGCAGUGCUAAAUGGCAGACCAGAACUUCUAGGAUUGAUACCAAUAGAAGCAGUGCCAAACUGCAGACCCAGAAUUUCUAGGAUUUUUACCAAUACAAGCAGUGCCAAAUGGCAGACCAGUACCUCUAGGAUUUAUACCAAUAGUAGCAGUGCUAAAUGGCAGACCAGAACUUCUAGGAUUUUUACUAAUACAAGCACUGCCAAACCACAGACCAGAACUUCUAGGAUUUUAGCCAAUAAAGGCAGAGUGAAUACAUUUACCAAUCCAUCAUUUUCCAUCUUUGACCUAUAAUGUGCAGAUUCCUAGUCAUCCACAGGUUAGCUAAAUGUCAUUGUGUACAUGUAGUAAUGCUGGGAAUCUCCAACGGCAGCCAGCAGUAAUAGUUUGGUGUCCCCUCUUCCAAUCCAGGUUGGUACACUCGGGUCCUGGACAUGGAUCACCCUCCCUUGGGUCCCACCUAACCUUCGGCACUCGCACAGGUUGUCCUCAGGGCAUUGAGACACAUGUGUUUCGAGUGGAGAAUCAACGGGAUCUGUCUGCAUGGACCAGGACGUUGGUGCAGGGUUGCCAUGCUGCCGCAGAACUCACCCAGGAAGUCACCGUCAGUAAGUGGCACACCAGAGACGCCUAUUUAUGAAUUUUAAUUUUAGGGUAAUGGUAGCUUCACUGAAGAGUAUGCAAUUUGCACAGGAAAUCUGAUGGUUAAUGUGUGCGGAAAGUCUGUUUCAUUGUGUAAUAACCUGGCUUUCAGACUCACAAGUUCCUCUAAUUUAAUUAAUUUUAUUUCUUAAUUAAGUUCUAUAAUAGCAUAUGAAAUCAACAUUAAAAUCCUCCCCCUCAAGCACUGUAUCAUAAAAGUGCAUUACAAAAUCCUCCUCUGCAGGCACCGCACCAUGAAAUCUGCAUUAAAACCCUCCUCCGCAGGCACCGUGCCAUAAAAUCUGCAUUAAAACCCUCCUCCGCAGGCACCGUCCCAUAAAAUCUGCAUUAAAACCCUCCUCCGCAGGCACCGGCCAUGAAAUCUGCAUUAAAACCCUCCUCCGCAGGCACCGUGCCAUAAAAUCUGCAUUAAAACCCUCCUCCGCAGGCACCGGGCCAUGAAAUCUGCAUUAAAACCCUCCUCUGCAGGCACCGGGCCAUGAAAUCUGCAUUAAAACCCUCCUCCGCAGGCAUCGGGCCAUGAAAUCUGCAUUAAAACCCUCCUCCGCAGGCACCGGGCCAUGAAAUCUGCAUUAAAACCCUCCUCCGCAGGCAUCGUGCCAUGAAAUCUGCAUUAAAUCUCUCCCCCGCAGGCACCGUGCCAUGAAAUCUGCAUUAAAACCUCCUCCGCAGGCACCGGGCCAUGAAAUCUGCAUUAAAACCCUCCUCCGCAGGCACCGGGCCAUGAAAUCUGCAUUAAAUCUCUCCCCUGCAGGCACCGCGCCAUGAAAGUGCGUUACUCCCCCCCCCCCAGCAUGGUGCUUUUAAUUUCUAUUAAGAAUACAGCUGCUUAUAACUAGCGAACAAUGGAUAUUUGCCUUUGUAGAUUUCGCAGACAUACCAGAGGCCUGCGAUCACUGCUAGAGUACCACACAGAGAAUACUAUAUAUGGAGUAUGUUUAUUAAUGUCAUGUGCUAACACAUAUCUGUACGCAGGCUGCACACUGCGCGGAGAAGGCGUCUCACUUUCCAUACACUACGACACGGGGUUCACAGUGUGUCGUGGGGAGCCCUCAGGACCAGUAUUGCACAGAUAUCCCUUUGAGAAGCUCCGGAUGUCAGCGGACGAUGGAAAAAGAAACCUGUAUCUGGAUUUUGGGGGUCCAGAGGGAGAGCUGGUAAGAUGAGAAUGUGCAUCAGUUCUGUGGGGUCCACCAGACCAGGAAUUGUAUGUUUUUAGCCAAAAUAUUCCCUGCGAAAAAAUUCUACAACUAAUUUAUUACUCCAACUUUGUUACUGGAAGUUUGGCUUAUGAUUUUCAGUUUCCUGGUCAGUUCUCCCAAAUUCACAGUUUGGGUAAUAAAUGCCUAUGUUUGCCUGUAAAUGUUCGACGUACAGUCCGCCCUGUCCUGCCAGUCAUUACAUAAUCUGUGUGUGAUGGAUACAUUUAUAGCUGAUUUUGUUUAUAUAUUUUUCACAGAGCUUUAACUAAAGAGCUACUCCAGGCACCAUGACCACUACCUGUACCAGAAAACAGGGUCAGGGUACUCCUACCACCAUAACCACUGCCCUAGUAGUUUAUAUACUUAGAGAAACCCUUUAAGUGCAUUAGAAUUACCCUUACUAUUCUAGCCAUAUUCUUUGGAUCUUGGAAAUUUCAUCCAUUAUGGGAAACUGACAAGAGAUUUGCAAAUUUCAGGAGUGGGGAAAAAUGAUCCAACUUUACUGUCAGGUCACUAUUUUGGCUUAAAAUGUAUAUUUCUCUUGUCAAUGAAUAAACCCUGCGUUUUCAUUAGCUUCAACGGCUAACAACUAAAGGGCAAAGUGAAUCUGCAGCAACAGCAGUAACAUUAACAGGAGCAUCUUUCUUAUUUAUCUAUUUAUUUACGUAUAUUUACUCCACUAUCUGCAUAUAUGUGUAUAUAAUGAUGGGCCAAUACCUGCCUUGUGUGAUGCUUUAAUUGCGCAGGGCAAAGUAGUUAUAGUGAGUCAGUCUGAGGUUGAAAGAAAUGUUACCAUUUUUCUGAAACCCUUAUUACAGAUAAACCGUAAUGCAUAGCAAGGGGUCACGUGUGCCAUGGCUCUACUGAUACCUAAUAUUCCAUAAACUGAGGGGUAUGCUCACUAAACAGUGUGUCGUCGUGGGCUGCUGCAUGUAUAUUACAGUAACUGUAGUAAUUAACCAAGUUUGCUGGGAACCCACAACUCAGCUGGGUUAGAGACUACUUUCCCCAAAUUAUUUGGACUGAUUUUUUGCAUUUCAACUGACAUGCACUAUAUAUAUAUUUUUUUUUUAUCCUUCUCACGAUCCUCUCUAUUCUUUCAGACCCUGGAUUUGCACACGUGUCCGAAGCCUGUUGUUUUCCUGUUGCACACAUUCCUUUCUGCUAAAGUCACUCGUAUGGGUCUGCUAGCCUAAGACUACAGUGCCAUCCGCAGGACACCUCAAUUCAACGCGCACACAGCUGUCCUCACUACAGUGCCUUCCGGUGGAAAUCAGAUGACGUAAUACAGAGACAGAAAUGGCCAAAGCCACUACAAGCUUGGGGCUCAAUACUUUACCAGCGACACUGAGACGUAGACUGGUGGCGUUGCAGAAUGUGGGCUAAAAGCAAGUGAGCGGAUUUUUUUACAGAUUUUUAAAGCCUCUUCCACACUACAUGAACAAAAUUAUUGAAACUGCAGGAAACUACAUAGAUAUGGUAUAUUGCAAGGAACCAAGAACUGACUGUUGAAUAGGUUUUGGACCAGAAACAGCAGUUCAGCUUUUUUUUUAUUUUAUUUUUCUGAAAACAAGUGAAGUCUAAAAGAUACCCGUGAGACUAGCAGACGGAGACAAUCACACAGCUUAUGCAUCCUUCUACCGAGUCAGUGCUGGGCAGAUGUCUUUUCUCGGUAGCAAGAAUCUCUUCGUAUGGUUUCUCGGCAUCUCUGGGAUUUAUUUUAAAAUGCAAAAAAUUAUUUUAUGACCAAAGUGCCUUCAAGUCACUGCUGCCUUAGCAAGUUUAGUCACACAAAAAUAUAUAGCGUAUAUUUUGUAGCCUACACACGCGAUAGGAAGUGUGAAUGUGUGUGUAUUUACACUUACGCAUAUUGAACUCAAGAGUAUUUAACGAAAAUAUAUAUUAAAUAUAUAUGCAUAUGUACAUAUAUAGGUAAUACAAAUAUGUAUACGUCAUAAUAAAUAUAAUGUUCUACUAUGAGAGAUGAAACUAAGGACUAAUGAUCACGUACACACGUGGACAUAUAAACUUACUGCUGUUUUAGGCAGUUACCGCAACUCGCCAGCCAAAACCGCGUCUCCUCCCGAACAGAACUGUCUCUCAUUGAAUUAACCAAAGAUUAGUCUUUGCAGGAAAAUAAAGGUGAUGUAUUCAAGCACAAUGGGGUGAAUGUUUUGCAUUUGGGUGUUUUGCUAUAUUGGGAAUAAAAUAAACAUUCCCUGGGAUCUGGUACAAAUUUCUCAAUAUUUACUUGGCACAAAUUCGGCAAGCUAUUCAUUAAUUCGACAUACAAUUUAUAUCAGAGAUGGCUGUACGAGGUGAUAGAGGUGGCAGUAGUGAGGACUGAAACAAGAACAUCAGGGACUGCAAGUGGAUCAUUUAAUCAUCUCAUGCUCUGUAUAGCUGUGAGCCUGCCAUCCCUGGUAUAAUCAAUGGCGGUGUGUGGGACACUCGUUUAUAAAUGGCUAAUAAUAGGCUUUACGUGUGCGGAGCAAUGCUGGGCCAACACGCUAAAUGUGGAGCAGCCAAAAGGUAAAUCCCAUGAUGACGGCUACAUUAAUGUUCCAGAAUAGUUCUCAGGCACCAACAUAACUUCAUUUGUGGCCCAAUUUCCAUGCUGUAUCAUUCUACACAUUCAAAUUUCUAGUUUUGCUAGUACUGGUAGCAGUAUAACAUUCCUAACCUCCUCCAACUUUCUGAUUGGAAGGCAGAUGGUGUAGAUCAGCCAAUAAGAAGUCAGUAUGACCUGAGCUGCAGACGUGACCCAACCCACGCAAUUCACGGUCCUCUUAUUAUUUGUACAGCCUUUCAAACCUCAAAGGGAGACUAUAAUAAAAGUAGAGUGUCUGGUUGUGGGCGGAGUCAUGUCAGCAGACCAGCUCACACUGAUCUCUCAUUGGUUGAGAUGAGUACACUCAGAGUACAUCUAAUAAGGAAGUUGCUUUGUGAAAAGAGAAUGGCGUGGCGAUGGGGAUGCGGUUAUGUUGCAACUUAUUUAUUUUUGGCAAAAUUAAAGAUAUUUGAAUGUGAAUAAAAACACAGUAUAAAUAUGAGACCAAAACAUACGAAGUGCACUUAAGUUGUUUUGGUGCCAUAAAAAAUAUGAAUGCCCCCUCCCCCACCACACCCCACUUUUCGACAAUCCAUUCCCAUUUCCCAUAAAGAAAGCAUUGCUUUUUAAAACUUAUAUAAAGGAGGUAUCCAUUCCUCCAGCAGAAUGCACAUUUUAUGUGUAUUCAAUCACCUUGAAAGUGUGGCUUCUCCCGUGUCUAUGAUCGUUAAACAUUGCCACUUCAAAUAGUCUACAAACUAUGUUCUCAUGACGCUCAGCCAUCCCUUUGGCGCCAAACGUUGGCCGUUACUGCAAUACAUAGCUAUGUAGUGAAGUGUAAAGCAAUAUAUACAUAAAACAAUGAUAAUGGAACAUGUAAUUAUUAUUAUUAUUAUUAUUUAUAUAGCGCCAUCAGAUUCCGUAGCGCUGUACAAUGUAAUGAAUCUUUUUCUACAGAUCUCAGCAGGACAAACUGUACUUAACUAUGAAUCUCAAGUUUGGCCGUUAGAGCCCAUUUCAUCGGCCAGCUAAUGGCAGUGUUUUUGUUUGGUAAAGUAUUAUGGAAAUCUAUGGAAACGUUCGAUCACUUUAGCUAACCUCACACCUCUGCGGCAGCCAAAACACAAUAAAACAUGGAAUCAGCAGUGAUAAUAUGGGAGCAGUGACCAGCAAUUGUUUUAUUAGUACUAGAGGAUAUGUGUAUCCCGAGGAGAGAGAACGUCCUAUAUCGGGAGUGUCACAUUAAUAUAUUGACAUUCUGUGUCCCCUAUUAAUGGAUAUGGAAGAGCGAUGUCAGUGAUAUUAAAUAGAGACAAUAAGGACCAUCUUGUUAAUGCGAUGCAGUCUGAAUUUACAGUGUGAACCCGGAAUAUGGCAGUACCCCUCAGACUGGAGGUUUUAUUCUUAUAAAAAUGUUCAUAAAGGAAUUUAUUCUAACCUCCUGAUAGUUUCAUUCUGGUGUCUGGACUUUGAGAGAUCGGUGUAAAUGGCCACAUAUCCCAGUAUAUACAACAUGGAACUCAUUAAAGUAUGAGGACUGACGAGCAAUUCUACUCUUUUCACCUUAAUAGCCGCACUAGAAGGACUCUUCCCUUAGUAAUUUUCCAAUCACUGCCAAUUCUCUUAUCAAUUCUCCAAAAUACCAAAUGUAAUUAAUAAACUCCAAAUUUUUCGAAAAUGAAUGCCACAUGGUUUUAAAUCCUCGCUUGUUAAGUCUGCGAUUGUGACACAGUUCUGGGCCAUGUGUUUUUUCCAUACAGAACAUUUUGUUGUACGGAUCAGAGCCCAGUAAUAUGAACACACAUGCCAAUAAUAGCUAGGAUGGCAUACAGAGAUUCAAAUUCCAAGCCCUACGCUACUAGCCAGAUUUUAAAGUUACUUGCCACCACUUUUUUUUGUUCAUUGGUUGGGCCAGAACCUCUAGUUCCAUCAGCCGCAUAACUACCUACUAACAAGUCUCUUAUUAUACGUGCAUACUCGUCAAUAGCAAGUGGGUAGGGCAGGGCUGGUUACAUGGUUACAACCACUGUUACACUAUUUUCGUAUAUAUUUCUAAAACCUUGUCAUUAGAUAUACAACUGAUACUAUCGCCGGUCAGAGAAUAUGAUGUGAUAUUGCGGUUACACAUGGGCUACUAUACCUUACACUUUGUUGGAAAAUCGGAUGUUAUGGCCUUGUAUGAUAUGAUAUGUCCCAUUGUACAGCGCUACGGAAUUUGCUGGCGCUAUAUAAAUAAUAAUAUAAUAAUAAUACGUACCUUUUGUAUUAAAUUGUAUAAUUUGGCAAUUUAAAAUAAAGAAUUUAAAAUAAAUAAAUAAAGUUACUUGCCAC